AUGUCCGGCUGGUUGGACAGCACCACGCCCACGGAUAGAGCAGCUCCAGGGGUGCUGGCUCGAACGGCAGGCGGAGCGGAGCUGAAAGGAUCGGUAGGUCUACCUUUCCAACGGCCGAUACCUUCGGCGGUUGGCAUCACGUACGAGUUGUCAUUUGCGUCAUUUGGCUCAUUUUCCUUGCCGGUCACUGCCUGA